ACAGCCGUUUGGUGGAGGAGUCGCUUCGCAGGCUGUGUUAGGGCUUAACUGUUGUCCUACCCCUUGGGGAGCAAGAGCAGAGAAAAUUACCCAGAAAUGGAGGCCACAGUUUCCUUUUGAAAAGGGCCAAUAAGAAGGAUUCGAGCCAAGGACGCAAGUUAGGAAGGCAUCCUCAUGUCUUGUCUGCCUUAGUGGGGACUCUUCUCUCUUGCGGCCUGAGUUUUUCCUCCAGAUACGAAGGGCUCUGUGUUUUCACCCUCUGUGCUGACUAGCAAGAACAGUCAGCAAAUUCAAGGUUUAGUCUUCCGUGUUCUUUCCAAGUGUUUGAAGGCAGUGGCAGGGCCUUCAAUUUCUGGUUAGAAAUGCUAGGGUCUCAGAAGUGCAAGAGCAGUCGUGAGAUGCAAAUACGAUUUUGUUUACAGGGUGGCAGUAAAGACAACGUCGGUGAAAAUAACUGGUUUUAAGAAAAGAAAUAGAAACGAACGCAGUGAGGGAAUCUCAUUAUUUCUCAAUAGUGCCUUACAAAAGCAUCAAUGGUGAAUGUCAGGGAAUCUAAAGCUUCUGAAAGAACGGUUGUAGUUGCUGGUCUUCCGGUUGCAACGGUUUUUAAUGCUCAAUUACUGGCCACAUUAGUGAAGAUUCACUUCCAAGAUAGUAAGAAUGAGGGUGGAGUUGUUGAAGAUGUGAUAUAUCCAACAAGAACCAAGGGAGUUGCAUAUGUAACAUUCAAAGAAAAAAAAGUUGCAGAGAAUGUCAUCAGAAAAAAGAACCACUGUCUAGUAAAGAAGGUUGUACCCACUCCACUCACAGUCUCUCAUCUUAGUGAAGAGGUCUUCAGCUCUGUAAAGGCUAUCCUUGAUCUUUCUGUUUUUCGGAGUCAAGUCAUUCUAGAAAGUCUGGUAAUGGACCUGAAAAGGAAAAUCCCAACUUUAUGCUUCAGUCAUUUGGAACCCAGUGGAAGAAUCUCCGUUCAGGGAUCAUUUCUGGCUAUCAAGAGGCUCAAAGAAUCUUUGCUAUUAAAAGCAAGUUCUCUUUUAGAAAAAAACAGGAAUUUUAUCAGUGAGGGGAAAGAGUGGAAUAGAGAGAGCCCCAGAAGGAGUCUACAGGGAAGUAGUAUUUCUUCGGAGUCACUCAGGUCCUCAGUAUCUAAGACUAGUGGAAGUGGAGAAAUGCUUGUUCUCGACACAGAUGUUUUCCUUUACCUGAAAAAGAAGUGUGGAUAUUAUGAAAGAGCUUUGAAAAAAUUUCAUGUUUUAUGUCAGGAGAGAGUGGAUGGUGAAAUUACCACAAUUUGUAUAAAAAGUGCUCACGCUAUUUCUCAUCCAAAUGAUGAAACAUAUGUAAAAAAGCUCAUUGAGAAAUAUUCACAUAUUCUUCACUUUGAACUUAGAAAAGAGACAAUUAUUUUGGAUGGAAAGGAAAACAGAAAGAAAAGAAAUAUUAAGUUGGCAUGUGAACAACUGAAUUCAAAGUACCCUCAGGUUCUGAUUAAUUCUUAUAAGACACAUGUUGACAUUAUAGGAUCUUCUUCUGAUGUUUACUUGUUUAAAAAAGAGGUCAUGAAAUUAAUAAGGCAAAAAGUUAGGUAAUAAAAAUCUCAGCAAUAGUAAUGAUCAUGGCUGCUGCUUUCUCUUACUUAGCAGUGACAAUGCCAUGUAUGACACUAGCUUUAUACGAAUUAUCUCAUUUAAUCCUUACAACCAUCCUUCAUUGUAGGCAUUGCUAUCUUCAUGUUAUAGGGGAAGAAACUAGGAUUUGGAGAAGUUAAAAACACUUGUUUGAGGUUAUCCAGCUGGCGGGGAAUGGGACUAGGGUUAAACCCAGUCUAUCUGACUACAAAGAUAAUAUCUAAGGUAUAAAACUUUGAGGAAAGUCUCACUAAACUUUGAAGAAAUCUCUCUUUCUCUGUAACCCCAAAUUCUUACAAAAAGAAGUACUCUAAAUUCUAACAUAUGAGAAGUUCGGAUGAUUAUUAUUACACCAUUGCCAGUUUCUUAACAUUUACAAAGUUUGCAUUUACUCCAAAUAGAAUUAAAACUCACCUGAGAAGCUACUUAGAUGGAGAGUAUUUCUGAUGCAGGUAAUCAUUACUUGACUAAAUCCCAUUGGUACAAGGCGACUGGACAUACAGGACACUUUUACUGCAGGUUAUUUAGCCUAAGUGCUUACAUAAAAUGUUGGUUCUCCUGUUAAAAUUAUGAAGAAAGUGUAGCAUCUUUUUUUUUAUUCCCCCUUUUAUUUUAUAAUUGUAUUAUUGUUAGAGUAACAGCUUUGGAUGAGUAAGAUCAAGGAUGAUAAGAGUAAUAGCAAAGAAUUAUUUUCCAGGCAUGAUUGUAAGUCUUUUCUGUAUCUUUCCUCAUUCAGUCCUGACAUCAACUCUACGAGAUAGGUUCAAUCUUUAUCCCCUUUUCACAGAUGAGGAAACUGAGCUCAGAGAUGUAAUGUAACUUGCUCAUGCUCGUAGUUACUGUACUGUACCUCUCCCUUUUAUAGAAGUGGUCUCUCACAGUUCUGCUUAAACAAUUGAGAAAUGUUUCCUUAAAGAUGACAGAAGGAUUUGAAAAUUCUGAAGAAGGGAAGCCACACCUUGUUAGUCAUUUAGUUGUUUGUGACUUCCCCGAGUGUGGUUUUGGAUUAAGCCAAUUUCAAGUGUCUGGGCCACCGCAGAGCCCCCUCCUAGGAUAAUACAAUGUAUACAUCUUGCUCAUCUCAAAGUAAACAAAUGUGAUUAUGAUGAUUAGAACUGUAUAUAUUAGUAGAAAAGCUUAAGAACAAUCUCUCUCUAUGCUUUCAUUUUUCUUAGCCAUCUCAAUCCCAAAUGUGUAAAUAAUUUCCAUUUCUUUAAAUACAAUAUUUCAUAUCUGUAUGAAUAACACUUUUUGUCAUGGGAAACUGUGGUUUAUAUCAAGCGCCCAAUAAGGUGUCUUUAAA